AAUUUAUGUUUUCUAAGUGUGUUGACUCAGUUUAAUAAUGGUCCAUCAAUUGAAAUUAUGAUUUUUAGUUUAUAAUAAUUAGGGUUUGGUUUGUUUUGCAAUUCUUAAAAUGGUUUCAUUAUAGGUAAGUUAAUUAUGAUUAUGGAAUGGGAUUUAGUGAGCUUAGUACCACUUUGGUUGAUUACUUUUGAUGGCAUGCUUGUAAUGAAUUGCAAUUAAAACACACACCUAACAAAAACUAAGCUGAAUUAUUAUGUUUCUCUUAGUUUUUCCGUCACUCUACUAAUUCAACCAUUGAUAGUGGACUUGAUGUUGGCUGCCCAGCUUGGGAAACUGAUUAAGGAGUGAUAAAGAAUGUACAUUAGAGGGAUGAAUUUAAUAGUGGUUAGUUCAACUUUAGGUUUAUGCCUUUAUGGCAGUGCUCACAUAUUUCUGGUUGCUUAACACUUAAAUAAAAUGUAAUGAAUGUGCCAUUUCUAAAAGGGUCUAAUUUGAUAUCCGAAUAUCUUUUGAUAACAAAUGGUCUUCGUUAGUGAGGUUCUUCAUGAAAAUAACAGUGUUUAGGCAUACUGGUAACUGGUAUACUAUAAAGAAUUGUUUCUUAUGUUAGGAUUCAAGAAUGCGCACGAGCCAAACUAUCUUAAUUUGCAAUCAGCAGUAGCCUGACCACAUGAUUCUUCUAGGUCCCUACAUGGUUAUGGCUGCAAAGUUUCCGGCCUUACCUGUUUAUCCAAAAACUACAAUAUUUUCAUCUCCCUGUUGCCAGAGAUCAAGAUAUUCAGUUUGGGCCUGUCUUUGUAAGACUUCUUUUGAUGAUGUUAGUUGGAGAUUCUACCCUCGGCUUUGCUUCGCUCGUGUGGCACUACCUUCUUUCAUCAAAAGCUCCAAGAGGAUUUCCUGGUCUUUAGGGAGUAGUGUAGAUGGGGGUGGAUUGGAUACCCCUCCUGAAAGUAACAACAAUGGUGAAACUAGACUGGUUAAAGCUAUCCAAUUUUUUCGCAUAAAACUGAGUGCAAGGUUUAACGAGUUGAAGAAAGGAUUCCCUAUGAAGGUACUCUUUUUCUUGGUGGGCUUUUACUGUGCAACUGCGUUUGCCACCAUGAUUGGGCAAACGGGAGACUGGGAUAUUUUAUCUGCUGGUUUAGCUAUGUUUGUGGUGGAGGGAAUCGGUGCCCUCAUGUAUAAAUCUUCCUUUCCUCUGCUUGACAAGGUUAAGAGUCUGAUCACAGUGUUUAACUACUGGAAGGCAGGGCUUUCGAUGGGUCUUUUCUUGGAUGCAUUUAAGUAUGAAAUGGACAGUAUAUUUUGGCCAACUGACCUCUUUGAUUUUCAAACAGAUAUCUUUCCUUCAUUUUUGUGACAACUUCCUGCGCAAGUUCAAAUCAGUGUGUUCAUUGGGUUCAGUGUCCAUGCCUAGUAAUUAAGAUGAGAACCCUAAAUUCUACACAAGUCAUUGCCACAGUGUUCAUCAUUCUACAGAAAAUCAGAAUGGUUAAUGGUGCUCAGGGAAAGAGACUCUCUCUAAUGUACUAUGCAGUUAGUCCUCACUGGUGCUACCCCAGACUCCACUAACAUGAAGGUUGAUUUAGGGCUCCGUCUGUAGGUGACCUUCAGUGAAAGGAAAAAUAUCUUCCCGGAGGUUUCUGUGCACUCGAAGCUGAGCUGGUAUAUCAUGGUUUUUCAGCUGAUUGGUUCGUUAUGUUUGUAUCAGUGAUUUGAACUUGAGAAAUAUGUAUUCUCUGACAUGACUAACUCAACAGGCUACAGUGUAUCUCAUGUUGGAUCAGAUCUUCAUCAGCUAACAGUUUCGGUGAAGCUAUAACUUUAACUGAUUUGUAAAGAAAGGCACAUAUGUAUACUCUAUUUGUUCAUUCUUGAAGUCUAUAAAUGGAAAGAAGAAAUUUGUGCUUUUUUAGCGAA